AUGUACUUCUUUUUCGUUUUGGCCUCGCUGAUGGUGGCUAACCCGGCGUUAGCGUACCUAUCGGCGGGCAUGAAGGACCAGUUUCUGUCGGACAUGUUGCUGCGCGAGCUGGUCGAUCGGAUGGGCAAAGACUUGGCGGAGGCGGCCGACUCCUACAUCGAUCCGGCUUCGAUGGAUGAGCUGCCCGCCAGCCGCCUGGCACUGAUGGCCCGCGUCACCAAGGACCUGGAGGCCGAGCCGCUCGACUACGACUCGCUGCUGGAGGGCUCGAACCCGAAUCCAUCGCCGCGCGACCAGGAGUACCUGCAGCAUAGCACGCUCUGGGGACACCAGUAUGUGUCAGGUGGGGCAGGCGAGGGUCCGAACCGGCCGAAGCCACAGGUGAAGACCGAUGCCAGCCUGCCGGCGUACUGCAAUCCACCCAAUCCGUGCCCGGUCGGGUACACCGAGGAUCAGGGCUGCACGAUGGACUUUGAGAAUACGGCCGCAUUCAGCCGCGAGUACCAGGCGGCCCAGGACUGUAUGUGCGACGCGGAGCAUAUGUUCAACUGCCCGGUGGCUUCGCCGAACGAGGGCAACCCGCAGAUGGACUCGGAACUGGAGAGCUUCAUCGCGCGCCAGUUCCACACCCAGGAACACAAAAAUCUGGUUGCCAAAAAGUUCCACGUUAAGAAGAGCUACAACCCAUUCUUGCAAGGUGAAAAAUUGCCCGUCGCCGCCAAAAAGGGCUUCAACGUAAAUGCCUAA